AUGGCGACGGGUGCCAUUUCCACGGAGUCCAAGAAAAUAACCGAAUUAAGAGUUGUUGAUCUUAAAUCCGAGCUCAAACGAAGGAAUUUGGACACUUCUGGUAUAAAGAGCGUCCUUCUUGCAAGACUGAAACAGGCUCUUCAGGAUGAAAAUGGUGAUACAGAAAACAUUCAAAUCCAGUCUUCAGCUGACGCAUCAACUCGGAAAAGUGGAAAAGCCAAAGGGAAGAAAGUGGAUUCAGAUGCGGAUACCACAGGCGAAGAGGAUGUGUUUUCCAAGGAAACUGAAGAGUACGAAUCAGAAAAAGAUGUAACUGAUACAGAUGAUGGUACUCGUGAAAAUUCUAAGCCUGCACCCUGUGAGGACAGCCUCGCUCAGUCCGAGGCUGAGGCUGAACCAGAGUCAGAAGCUGUGGCGGCUGAGGCUGAUUCAGAGCCUGAGCCAGAGGUGGAGGCAGAAGCCGACCCAGAGGUGGAUGCUGAGGCCGACCCAGAGGUGGAUGCUGAGGCCGACCCAGAGGUUGAUGCUGAGGCCGAGCCAGAGGUCGAUGCUGAGGCUGAGCCAGAGGUGGAUGAGGAUGCCGACCCAGAGAUGGAUGGGGAGGCUGAGCCAGAGGGGGAGGCCGAUCUGGCUGAGAUGGAUGCAGAAGCCAUGAAUUCCCCCAAAGAAGCCGAGGACGAUCACCUAUCGGUCUCAAUCCCAAAUGAAGAUGCCAUCACCCUAGAUGUUGAUGGCGAUGAUCUCUUGGAAACAGGUAAACAUGUGAAACUUCCAGAUCCAGAGGCCGAGAAGGGCACUGAUGAGCCAGAGGCCUCUGCUGAGACGGGCCCAGAUGAUGACAUGAAGGCGGAAGAGACCGAGGGCCACAAAGAUGGUAAGAAAGAUGAAGGAUCCAGGGGUGAGCCCACGAAGAAAGACGGCAGAGAGGCCCAGAAGAAAGCUGAAACGGGAGACAAAGACAAGGAUUCUGGGAAGAAAGGCCCCUCCACUACUGGGGCAUCAGGUCAAGCAAAGAGCUCUUCAAGAGACAGAGAUGGGAAAUCUACAAAAGAUGACAAAGGAAUCGUCAGCAAGAGCAGCUCUUCUUGCAACAUAUGGGUGAGCGGCCUGUCUUCAAACACCAAAGCAGCUGAUCUAAAGAACCUGUUUGGCAAAUAUGGGAAGGUCUUAAGUGCCAAGGUGGUUACAAAUGCUCGCAGCCCUGGUUCAAAGUGUUACGGCUUGGUGACGAUGUCUUCCAGCACAGAGGUGACACGCUGCGUCUCCCAUAUUGACUGCACAGAGCUCCAUGGACAGCAGAUAUAUGUUGAAAGGGCCAAAAACGAUCCAUUCAAAAAGGAGGGCUCAAAGAAGGAAGCAGAGGAAAAAGCAAGUUCCAGCAAAUCCAGUGAUAAGCGCAGCUCCACUGGGAUAAAACAGCCGAACAAAGCACAACCAUCUUACAAAAAAGAGGACAAGAAAUCGGAGAAACUUUCAGAAAAGGACAAAGACUCAUCCAAGAAACAGGAAGCCAGAAGUGGAAAUUCUGAGUCAGUUGCAUCAAACUCGGGGCAAGAUUCUUCAAAGAAAGAUGAUAGAAAACAUGGACGGACAAAGAGCCCAGGCAAGGUGGUGAUGGCCCAUCAUCCCAAAGGAGAUUCGAAUUUUGGCAAAAUGAGACCUUUCAGAAGGGGAAGGUAUUUUGACAAACCCUUUGUGAACAUGAAUGUUCAGAGGCGCCCAAAAUGGUUGAUUCCUCCUGAAGAGUUAGAGAUGAUGAGAGACAGACAGCGACCUUUUAUCAACAAGGGAGAAGACAUCCUGCCCUUUGAGAAGAUGAAGGAGCAGAGGAUGCGGGAGCGGGUGGCCCGUGUGGAGCGUGUCCGUAGAGCCGUGGAGUUGCGCAGGAGACGAGAAAUUGCCGAACAAGAACGUCGGGAACGUGAGCGUGUCCGUCUGUUGAGAGAGCGUGAAGAACGGGAGAACCUGCUCCGCGAGCGACAGAGACUUGAAAUGGAAAGACAAAAACUGGAAAGGGAGCGUUUGGAGAGGGAGAGGCUUGAGAGAGAGAGAGUCCGUAUAGAGCAGGAACGGCGAAAAGAGGCAGAACGCAUGGCACGUGAACGUGAGGAGCUGCGGAGGCAGCAAGAGCAGCUCCGUUAUGAGCAGGAAAAGAGAAACAACCUCAAAAGGGGCCGUGAAGUGGAACACGGCCGGAGAGAUGAUUCCUACUGGAAUGGCAACAAGAAGUUGCAGUCGGAGUCUGAUGUCCGUUUGAACCAAGGUUCGAACUACAACCGGCAGCAGAACCGCUUUUCAAACUUCACUCCCCGAGAGAGGGGUCGCUUUCCAGAGGCUGCUGCCGAGCAGCCCAACACGUACGACAGACGUAACCGGUUUGACGAGCCAGAGGUAAAGAAGAGUCGCCCUGCUCCUCAUAGAGAGAGCUCCAGCUUUGAGCGUUACCCCAAGAGCUUUGAAACAGUCCGCAGACCUGAGCCACCUCCUCCACCACGCACCGAACUCCGGGACACCGACCGCAGGGACAGAGAUGAGAGGCGGCCCAUGCCCAUGCAUGAUCGCCCUAUGGGAGCCAGAGCUACAAUGCCUGGCAUGUCGCACAACCGCUCACCCAGGGACGGAGGGCAUGGAUGGAAGAAUGAUGGAGGCAUCAGCUCCAACAAGGGAGAUAUACGAGGACCGAUGCGCAUGCGUGCAGAGCGAUCAGGCAGAGAUGGUCCAGGCCCGUCACUCAGAGGAGGCGCCUCGGCCAGCCAGGGGAGGAGCAGCUUUAACGAUCGAGAUGGGAGACCCAUGGUGAUGAACGAUCAGCCAUUCAGCUCUGGUCGCCAGGUCGUGGUGGAACGUCACAGCAGGGAUCAGGGUCUGAGGAAAGAGUGGCACGGUGGAUCGAGCUCCCAGGGUGGGGGCUACCCCGACAAUCGCAGAAUGGGGGACAGCCGGGGCAGCAUGAUGGCUCCUUCCAGUCACUCUUCAUCUGGAAUGAACCGAAUUGUACAGAUUACCAACAACUCCAUUCCCAGUGGCGGCAACGUGGGAGGAUUCAAGCCUUUUAAAGGAACGCCGCGGCAGUUCUAACUGCUACCACAUUUUGCCACUUUAAGGCACCUAAAAGUUUGAAGACUUUUGUGAACUCUUUAUUUUUAGAAAAUCAGCUGUUUUAGGUGGCACAUUUGUGGCCAAGAGGUUGAUGACACUAUUUUAUUUUGUAUAGACAAGUGUUGACUUCGGUGUGGGGUUUCCCUGACAGUUCUGCUGUUACCGUUAAACAACCCUGUGCACAUGUUUUACUUAUAUUUCGAAAAAUAUUGUACAGCCCUAGGUCUUUGUAACAAGUUUUCAAGUGAUGUUAUCAAUUUCUCUGAGUGUUGUAUGUACAUUUUCAAUAGCCUAGUGUCACGCUCAGUUUUCCUGUGAAAUAGGUCUUAUUUUAGUGUAUUAUAGAGUUCAGUGAGUGUCAGGGAUCAUUCACUCAUUUGGAUGUUUCUCUGUGAGGAAACAGAUGACAGAGGAGUAUUUUUUUUAAGUCAUAGUUUGUGUGAAUGUCCUGUUUUGUAAAGAGUAGUUGGAUUUGCUAAAACAAUGUGAAACUGUAAACUAGCCUGCAUUGUAGCAAAACACCUCUCAUAGGCUGUACAUACAGGCCUGUGUGUCCGAAAUAAAAAAGAAAUUGACUUUCA